CCCUCCCACUUCUAUCAGCACCCCCUGUGAACUCCAAAGAGGCACUGCAUGCUUCCUUAGGGGUCAGUUGUUACAUAGGACUACUAGGAGAAAGCAACUGGCUUAAGACUUCUCUGCCCCCUCUCCUUCUCCUUCUCUGAUCCUGAGAUCUCUCGGCAAACCUUUUUCUGCCCCCCCCCCCUUUUCUUUACCUCCCCUUCAGUCAGUCGCCAUUUCUGGAGAUUUUUCUUUUAUUUUUUUCUUGUUGGCCCCCUCUGAAGGAUUAUACUUUGAAGGCAUGGUGCCUCAUGGACUGUAAUUUUUUUUUUUUAAAAAAAUCAGUUUGAUUUAAAACAACAACCAACACCAUUAUCUGCCUUCCUCUCUUCCUGAUGGGGGUGUUUCUUGUUGUAAGGUGGGGGACAGCUUGAAGGCAUAAUAGGCUUGGAAUGUCGUCUUCAGUUCAGAGAGAAGUCUUGGAGGAUCCCCUGCUGACUUGAGAAAGGAAAGAGAGAGGCACACAGAUUACUGAGGAACUUAAAAAGAAAAAGCCCUGCCAGGAGGAACUCCAGGAACCAUGAGCAGUGCAGUGUUGCUGACUCACCUUCCAGACCCCAGCAGUAGCUUCAGAGAAGAUGCCCCACGCCCCCCUGUACCAGGGGAAGAAGGAGAGACACCAUGCCACCUGCCUGCCAACUUGUUUGUCAUGAGAAACCAAAGCUUCAAGGCCAUGUCAGUUUCUUCCAACCCAAGGAGGAAUGAGGAUGGUCUUGGGGAGCCAGAAGGCAGUGCAUCUCCAGACUCCCCUCUAGCACGAUGGACCAAAUCCUUGCAUUCCUUACUGGGAGACCAAGAUGGUGCCUAUCUCUUUCGGACCUUCCUGGAAAGGGAAAAAUGUGUGGAUACAUUAGACUUCUGGUUUGCCUGCAAUGGCUUCAGGCAGAUGGACCUUAAGGAUACCAAAACUUUAAGAGUAGCCAAAGCUAUAUACAAAAGGUACAUUGAGAACAACAGCAUUGUCUCCAAGCAGCUUAAGCUUGCUACUAAGACCUACAUAAAGGAUAGUAUCAAGAAGCAGCAGAUAGAUUCUAUAAUGUUUGAUCAGGCACAGACUGAGAUUCAGACCAUGAUGGAGGAAAAUGCUUACCAGAUGUUUUUAACUUCUGAUAUAUACCUUGAAUAUGUAAGGAGUGGGGGAGAAAAUCCUGCUUACAUUAACAGCAAUGGACUGGGGAGCUUAAAAGUUGACUGUGGCUAUCUCCCUACCUUGAAUGAAGAGGAAGAAUGGAGCUGUGCAGAUUUUAAAAACAAACUUUUGCCAUCCGUACUUGGGCUGUCCAGUAAAACACUGAGGGCUACAGCAAGUGUCCGAGCUACAGAAACUGUGGAGAAUGGAUUCAGGUCCUUCAAGAGGAAUGAUCCUGUUAACCCUUACCAUGUGAACUCUGGCUACGUCUUUGCUCCUGCCACUAGUGCAAAUGAUAGUGAAAUAUCUAGUGAUGCCCUCACUGAUGAUUCUAUGUCCAUGACAGAUAGCAGUGUUGAUGGGAUCCCUCCUUAUAGACUUGGGAGCAAGAAGCAGCUCCAGAGGGAGAUGCAUCGUAGUGUCAAGGCCAACGGUCAAGUUUCUCUACCUCACUUUCCAAGAACCCACCGUCUUCCUAAGGAAAUGACCCCUGUGGAACCAGCUACCUUUGCAGCCGAGCUCAUUUCCCGGUUGGAAAAGCUCAAGCAAGAGCAAGAGACCAUGGACUGCCUGGAAGAGAGGCUGCAGCAAAUCACAGAGGAUGAAGAGAAGGAGGGCUCCGACAUAACUAUCACUGCACAGAGCAGCAUUACGGUCACUGCACAGAACAAUCGGGAGGUUGUGGCCUCUCAGCACCAGCAGCACCCUCUCACUCUCUUACCAUCUGGCAGCUACGAGGAUGACCCUCAGGCAAUCCUGGACGACCAUCUCUCACGGGUGCUGAAGACACCCGGGUGCCAAUCUCCAGGCAUGGGGCGGCACAGCCCUCGCGCACGCUCUCCAGACCGCCUCCCCGGUGGCAAGUUGCUCCUGGCACCGGGUACCGCCUCCAUCCCUGCUACCUGUGCCCUCAUUGGCAAAGGAUUUAUCACUAAGCAGACCACCAAGCACGUUCACCACCACUACAUCCACCACCACACCAUUCCCAAGACGAAGGAGCAGAUAGAAGCCGAGGCAGCCCAGCGGGUCCAGUGCUUGUGUUCUGGGGGCAGUGAUUACUAUUGCUACUCAAAGUGCAAGGGACACUCCAAGGGGGCAGACCUUCCUGUGGCUCAGCUAGAGCCGUUUGGCAGAACUGGGAUGCUACCGAAAAGGAACUGUAAGCUACCAGAUGGCAUAGUCCUGCCAGGUGGGGAAGGAGGAGGAGGGCUCUCCAUACUACCAGGGAUCCAGCUACCUGGAGGGGAGGCGGACCGCUCACAAAAUGUCUGGCAGUGGAUGCUAGAGAGUGAAAGACAAUCUAAGCACAAGCCCCAUAGUACACAAAGCACAAAGAAAGCCUACAAUUCCGAGUCCACCAGAGGCAUGGCUGGGGAGCGUCCAGCCCGUCACCACCUCUGGGGGAACAGCAGCCACCCACGUUGCGCCCAGCCUGCCCACCCCUUUGUCCAGGACCCUGCCAUGCCCCCGCUGACGCCACCUAACACUCUGGCCCAGCUGGAGGAGGCUUGCCGGAGGCUAGCAGAAGUGUCCAAGCCUCAGAAACAACGAUGUUCAACCUCAAAUCAGUCGAGGGAUCGCAACCACUUGACUUCUGUACCAGGAGGAAAUGGUCCUUUCUGCAACACAAGUGUAGCAACAGAAGAUCACAAAGAACCAAAGAAACUCCCUGUUGUUCAUUCCUCUCAACCUAGUGAAUUGGUUGUCACUUAUUUUUUCUGUGGAGAAGAAAUUCCCUAUAGGAGGAUGUUAAAGACCCAGAGCCUGACACUUGGGCACUUUAAAGAGCAGCUGAGCAAAAAGGGAAAUUAUAGGUAUUACUUCAAAAAGGCAAGUGAUGAAUUUGACUGUGGUGCAGUUUUUGAAGAAAUCUGGGAGGAUGGUGCCAUUCUGCCCAUGUACGAAGGAAGGAUCCUUGGAAAAGUUGAGAGGAUUGACUGACUGACUGGCUGGCACUGUCUACUGUGUGUGUGUGUGCGUGUUUAAAGAAACAUAAGCUAAAAAUGCUGGCAUUUGGAGACAACCACCAAACAAAGCUCUUGAAGGAAGGACUGAACCAAUGAAGAAAAAGCAACAAAAAUAAAUUGAGAUCUAUGAAGACUUUGCCAAAUCAGCCUUAGCAAUUUAAAACAAAAAAGGUGUUUGUUUGAGCUGGGUACCGAGAUGUUAAAAACCCUGAACUAUUUAUUAAAAAUAUAACCACUCUGGGUUAUUGAAGAUGCAGACCAUGUUUUGAAAGACUUCCAUACAUAAUAUAUGGCUUCCUGGGGAUCCCAAACCUAUGGACGAAGAGAAAACUGUGUACAGCUUCCCUUACAGUAAUCCUUAUUGAUAUUUAUUGAACAGUCUGUUUUCCCCCCCUUAAGUCCAGUUUAUGGACAUGCUGCUUUAAACAAUGGAGAAAAAGAGGGGAUGUGAUGUAGAGAAAAGGGGUGGUUUUAUAUUUUAUUUUUUACAUUGUUUCCACUGUCUAAAUAACUAGAAUUGUGUCUUCUAUUAAAACAAAAGUGCAUUCAUUCCUGCCAUGUUUGAAAACUAACUGGAAUUGUCUUUGUUCACCAUUUGUCCAGUUUUUUUAUUUGUUGGAAAAAAGAGAGAAUGAAUGGAUAUUGUCCUACACGUUUAUUCCUUUAGAGAGGGAUGCAUUUGAAUCAAUGUUGCUUUGUGCAGAUGUAACCUUCUCAAUUUCUUAACAAUGGUUAUGAGUUUGGGAGCACCCCAUGGGUUUGCACACUUUCCCCUUUGCUCCUCCGUGUGUGUGUGUGUGUGUGUGUGUAACCAUAGUGCAGUGUUAUGUCUGCACCAGUGUUAAUAGUAACCAUGUUUAUUUUAACAUUUUGCAAACUUGCUUCUAAAUAUGGUUGCAAAGUCUGUUUUGAAGCAUAUCAUGCCUAGUGUUAACACUGAUUCAGAUGUAAUGCUGGUUAACUUUGAAAAGCGAGGGCAGGGGGAAAUGCAUGUGCAGGAUUGCAAAGGGAAAGGAGCACAUGAGCCCACAGGCACUCCUUACCAUUAUUAAGGAGAUUAGGAAUGUUGCAUGCACGCCAGACCUAACAACAUCAUGGGUUAAAUAAUAAUGUAAGGGUCUUGUACAAUUUCUCUGGUGAGAAAUAGACAUCUGUAUUUGUGCUUCUUGUCAGUUACAUGCAUUGUGUCCAGUGCCUGCCUUUAGAUAGGCAGUCUGUAGCAAGUCUCAUUCAAGCAUAGAAUUGAUAAGGACCCAGUGGAUCAGAUAGUUCAGCUUUCUGACAGGUGCCAGUUCUAAGCAGUGGGAAAGUGGUACAAGAAACCAUCCAGUGCACACUGACAAUUAUUUUAUUCAUUUUUUUAAAAAAAAUCCAUUUUAAAAAAAUGAUUUUUUAAAAAAAUGCACAGAGUACCAUGGGCAGUUAUGCACCCACCCACGUUGCUGUGGGCAUCUAAAACAGCACUGACACUGUUGUGCAAGAGUGCUCUGUGCAAUGGCUGUAGUGUUGCGAAAGCACAAUUUGAUUGUGCAGUUUUAUGUAUUAGCACAAGAGCACCCUUGCACAACAGCACCAGCGCUGUUUUAGACACCCAUAGCAGCAGCGCAGCUGGUGCAGACCCACCUGCGAUAUGCAGCACAUCAUGUCAGCCACUGAUGAUCUUCACCAAAAUCAACUAUACUGCUUUCUUAUUAUUAAAGAAAAGAAAAAAAGUCAUUCUUUCAGUCAUGGCACUUUUUGUAUUACAAUUGUAAUUUGUAAGCCAAAUUGUGAAAAUAUAUGUGGAAGGAUGCCUAUCCUAGCUGUAAUGCUUUGAGUGAAUGAUAGUUACUAGUUGGUGCCCUGUAUAACCUUGAACAUCUUGCUCCAACGAUCUCAGUGAAAUUCUCACUCACUUCAAGAGUUUCCCUACAAAUGUUCCACUGAGUUCCAUAAGAGUGAAUAUCAUUUUGGGAGCACACUCCCUAGGGCUGUUACCAUUCUGAUCAUCAAAAAGAAUUCAUAGAAUCAGACAACACAGUCUGUGAGAUCUCAGCUUUCCAGCAUGUCUGGGCAAGUGAGACAUUUUAGCCCUUUGUCAGCAGUGAUGAUGCAGUGGCUGCCUUCUGGGGCUGCAUUUGGAACAGCUUUUGCCUCUGUUUCCCAAUCUGCUGAAGCAGAAAUGCUCAUUGACUGAAUUACGGAAAAGGUGCAUGGAAUACAUUUUGUUGUGCUAUAAAACAUCAUACAAGUUCCCUAGUGGGACUGCACCAUGUUUGUGUGUAUUGGGACAAAAUAACCCCACUCCCCAAAAGACAUUUUAUUUCUACAUUUUGAGUUUUAAUUGGUGUAUUUUAUGCUUUCCUCUUUUCUUUUCUUUUUGGCAUAAUACGUCUGUAUAUAGUGUAGAAAAAUGUGGUGGAAAGAAAAAACCUAUUAAUACACUAUCUCUAGUGUGUGUUUUUUUAAAAAACACUUCAAUCAGUACAGUACCUGUGCCUCCAUGGUGUUACUAUACCAUGUUUCGCCCUGUGUUCAGGGUCCAAGUUCUCCCUUGUUGUUUAAGGGGUUUAUGUAUAAAUAUAUUUUAUGCCUUUUUACUACAAGUCUUCUACUUAUGACUUUUGCCAUGACAUUUGUUCUACUUAUACUGUAAAUUAUGCAUUAUAAAGAGUUUCAUUUAAAGAAAAAUUACUUGGUACAAUAAUUAUUGUAAUUAAGAGAUGUAGCCUUUAUUAAAAUUUUAUAUUUUUCAAAUUA